AUGACCGCAACCGAGCUCUCAGCCGAUGAUCUCAAACAGAUCCUUGCUUUCACCGUCACCCUUGCUCGCAAAGCAGGCGAAUUAAUCAUGGAGGGAUCAGAAGCGAUUCAGCUGGCUGGAUCGAACGUUGAUGAAAAGAAGAAUUCCGUGGAUCUGGUUACUGAAUACGACGUCCGUGUCGAAGAGCUGGUCAAGAAGGAGAUAUUUACUACUUAUCCUGAGUUCAAGUUUAUCGGGGAAGAAUCCUACGCUGCGGGCUCUCGAUCACCUCUGACCGAUGAUCCUACUUACUGUGUGGAUCCAAUCGACGGAACGACCAAUUUUGUCCAUGGCUUUCCAUGGGUCUGCAUUUCUCUCGGGCUAAUAUACAAGAAAGUACCUGUCCUCGGAGUCAUUUACAACCCUUUCCUGGAUCUCCUUUAUACUGGAAUCAAAGGCCAAGGUUCCUUUCUCUCCCGACAGGGAGGUCCACCUAUGAAACUUCCCCUGGCCAAGAAUCCUAAGCCUCUAGCUACUCUUAACCAUGCUCUUAUCGCCGUGGAAUGGGGCAACGAUCGUACGAUCGACCCUCUGACUAAGCGCUCCGAAUCUUUCCACAAGCUCGCUGGUGACCCUGAUAACGGUGUAGAGGGAGGGCGCAUGGCUCAUUCUCUUCGUUCUCUGGGCAGUUCUGCAAUGAAUUUUGCUACGGUCGCUCAGGGUGGAUUAGAUAUCUACUGGGAAAUCGGAUGCUGGCCUUGGGACGUUUGCGCUGGCAUGGUCAUUGUUCAGGAAGCUGGCGGAUCAGUUACUGGAUCGCAUGCUUACUACGAAGCUGCAAAGGACUUGCCGUCCUUUGGAGAGCCUAAUGAAGAGAUACUGACCGGAAGAAAAUAUCUCGUUGUUCGCGCUAUUGGGGACUCCGAGAAAGAAAAGGGUCGCGAUGCACAGAAGAGGAUCAUGGGCGAGUUCUACAGUACAACCGUAGAUUACAACGUUUCUUGA